AUGACCCGGCUCCUCCGCGUGCUGCUCAUGCUCACGUUCCUCGUGCUGGCGCUGGCGCCGUCGACGGCCGCGCCGAGCAACAAGAAGCUCGAGACGAAGCGCUCGUUCGCGGACGACCACGUCCAAAAGUACCUCGAAGCCAACUACCCCCACCUCAUCGGCCGCAUCUCGGGCGGCAACGCGCUGCCGCCGCCGUGGAAGCAGCAGCUCGCGUCCGUCAUUGGCUACCUCCAGAUGGCCGGCUUCGCCUUCCUCCUCGCGGGCGAGCACAUUCUGGGCGCGCUCUCGCUUCCCGCGGACCUGCCGCUGUUUGUGCAAAUGCGCGAAAACAAGUUUGCGGCCUUUGCCGGGCUCAUGAUCCUCGGCAGCAUGUCGCAGUCGAUGCUCGCUACCGGCGCGUUCGAAGUCUACUUUAACGACGAGCUCGUCUUUUCCAAGAUUCGCAUGCACCGAUGGCCCUCGAUGCAGGAACUGAUUGAGCUCCUCCAAGCCGCGGGUCUCCAGCGCCCGUACUAG